GGCAGUUUUUAGUGGCUUGUAAUCCAUUCCAGUUGCAAAUAGACCUUUCAUAAUAUCAUACAUGCAGGCUAAGACAAUGAAGAUCAACCUUAAUCAGCAUGUAAACUUGAGCUCCCACGAUGCUAAAUUUAACUGGUGGAAUAGCAGGAACUAGCUAAUAUACUGUAAUAGUUUCUUGGAAAAGAGCAAGGGUGACGGAAACAACAUUCAUUCUAGCCAGAGGAAAUAAAGAAGUGUCAUUUUUCUGGCACGGAUGAAGUGGAUGAGCGCAGGCUGCAGCUGGGAAUUACUUCCCUCAAAUCAGUACAGCCUUAGCACUGCAUUUUAUGGAGUCCAGACAAUUAGUGAGAAUCUGGUGCUGUUAAAAAUCUUGACUUCUCUUGUGCUCCAGAAUUUGAACGUGACUAGUACAGCUUGUUGGUCUGUGAUGAGAAGUGAGUUUUUCUGAAAGGGGGCCUCUAAGGUGGCUGCAUAUUUGCUGGGUGAGUAAGGAAUGUGGUUUACAUGCCUCACGCAUGAGCCAGGAUUAUGCUCAGAGAGAGCGAAAUAGAGAGAGACAGAGAGAGAGAAGCCUGUGCUCAUAGCACAUGAGCUCAUUCACUCUUAGGUCACAGGGAGGAGAGAGAGAGAGAGAGAGAGAGAGAGAGAGAGAGAGAGAGAGAGAGAGAGAGGGAGGGAUGGAAGGAGGGGAAAGUCAGUUGAUGAGAGCGAGUGAGCGAUUGAGUGAGCGAGUGCAGGCUGUACAACAAUAGGGAGCUCCACUUUCAGUUGCCACACAGAAGACGAUUGCUGAAUGAUCCGCUGUGUGUGUCGACACUGAGGACCCGCUAUCAGAAGAUUGAUUCUCCUCCAGCUGAUACUCUCUUCUCCUCCAUCUCCCUGCUAAGUCAGCAUACAAACCUGCGUUCCCACUUUUUUUUUUUUUGCACGGAUUUGCAAGGAGUCUCCUGUUUCAUUCUCAUGCCUUGUAUGUGGUGAGCUGCUGUACUUUGGUGAGAUUGGAGUGUAGAGGAGUGCAUGUCUCUGGAAGUGGUCAUAUCCUCUCCUGAGGAGUGUUUCUGCUCCCCCCCUCCUCACACCGGCAUGAGGCUGAAGAUCAGAGUCCGUAGGAUGAAGGAGGCUCGGGAACUGCGAGGUGGCUUUGCAGCAUUCUCCUCCUGCUUCCCAGGUCUGUGCGAAGGGAAGCCAGUGACCACACUACCCAUGAGCCUGUCUCAACCCUGUCUGCCUGUGGCCAAUGUGGGCCCCACGCGCAUCCUGCCCCAUCUGUAUCUAGGCUCUCAGAAAGAUGUGCUUAACAAGGAUCUGAUGGCCCAGAAUGGCAUCACAUACGUGCUUAAUGCCAGCAACACGUGUCCAAAACCUGAGUUCAUCUCUGAGAGCCACUUCAUGCGCAUUCCUGUCAAUGACAACUAUUGUGAGAAACUCUUACCCUGGUUGGACAAAACUAAUGAGUUCAUCGACAAAGCUAAGGUUUCCAACUGCAGAGUCAUUGUCCAUUGUUUAGCUGGCAUCUCCAGGUCUGCCACUAUUGCCAUUGCUUACAUCAUGAAGACAAUGGGCUUGUCAUCGGAUGAGGCAUACAGGUUUGUUAAAGAUCGCAGACCUUCAAUAUCACCAAACUUUAACUUCCUGGGCCAGCUUCUUGAGUUUGAGAAGGGUCUCCGUCUGCUGAAGGCACUGUCUUCGGGUCAGGAGAAGAAUGAGCAGCCCAGCAAGGCAGAGGAACCAAAAAGAGAAACCACCUUGAAACCUGAGAAAACUCGACUAGAUGGCGAGCCAGAGAUCUCAGAGAUGGAGACCAAGCUGCCAUCUCCUUCGUCACUCCAGCAGGGCUUCAAUGGUCUCAAUCUGUCAGCUGAGCGCAUCCUGGACACCAAUCGCCUCAAGCGAUCCUUCUCUUUAGACAUCAAGUCCGUCUACACACCCAAUCAGUGUCCCCACCUCACUCCCAUUCAUGUUGAGGAUGUCCCCAAGCUCUGCAAACUGGACAGCCCCAGUCCAGGGUCCUCAAAUGGUGUGUGCCAGUUGUCUCCGUGUUCAGACAGCCCCAGCUCAUCCGAUUCGCCAAGCCCGGUGGCUGAAAGCAGUGCAAAGGUUCGCUUGCGCAGGAAAAAUAAGCACAGCGGAGCCAGCUCACCUGUGCAGUCUCUGAGCCUGAGCUUUGGUCGUUCACUGUCCGGACACAAGAGCCCAAGCUUGGAUGAGAACCUGAAGUCCGCAAUGCUACUUGGCCUGCCUGUAGCUGGCACUGGUCCCAUGUGGACCAAACACCGGGACACUUCACAGGCUACCACACCAGUCACACCAACAGGCGAUGCCCCGUGGUUCUACGAGUCACUGACUAGCACCGGCAGUGGGUCAGCGUCAGUACAUUUUGCUCCACUGGGAUGCAGUGCACUCCCAGGGCCAUGUGAGGCUGUCCGGUUACGUCAGAAGGCGGGAGAGGUACGGGAGUCCCGAGCGAGCUGGCAUGAGGAUACAUCUGGCUCUGCUGCUGGUACCGACAAACAGUUCAAACGACGCAGUUGUCAGAUGGAGUUUGAAGAUGGAAUCUCGGAUACACGUUCGAGGGAGGAGCUUGGCAAGAUUGGUAAACAGUCCAGCUUCUCUGGCAGUAUGGAGAUCAUUGAGGUGUCCUGACAGAUGCACUGGUGGGCAUAGAGGUGUUCAGGUGCCACUUACAGUUGAGGGAGGACUGAGUGACAGAACAGCAAUGGCUGACCAAUUCUUGACUUUAGGAGCAUUUGUUUUAGUGUGUAGGACUGUGAGAAAUCAAUUAUGUUUUUUUGUGUUUGUCUCUGAGACUCCGAGCCAGUUGAGCUGGAUGCAGGCAGACUUUAGGCUGUCUUCGCUGUUUAUAAGCCAUCACCAUCCCAGAACAAUUUGGGAGGAAUAAGAACAGAACUGUUGUAUUUGAUUGCAGAAUCCAGCUCUUAGUGUACAUGACACUUCUGUCUCCAACAAAAAGCUUUACCAGCCUCACAGUGUAUUGAGAUUAAAGCAUGGCUCAGUAUCCUCUGGUCACACUUGCAUCUGGUAUUACUCUCACACAGACUCGGUGGACUCACACAUCCACAGCUCAAGGGACCUCUACCGACACACUUGAAGCCCUGGUAUAGACUUGUACUGAACAGAUGAAGGCUUCUUUGUGCACUGCUUUUGUUCCCCCCUGCUCCUGAAUGCCAGUAAAUAAUCCUGGAGGAGGAUGCAGGAACGUUAUGAAAAAAAAGCAUUGUGGAAGUUUUCCUGCAGUGCCUACUGUUUUUUCUUCUCUGUGUUUGUUCUUUACCUUUUCCCUGAUUUCAGCCCCCACACAAUGUACUACGGGUGGGCAUGAAAGGAACUACCACCCACCUUUCUCACACUGAGCAUGCUGCCGUAUACGAGGCUGCUGGUUUCCCUACAGAUGAAUAUUAUACACACCAUGCAUAGCUCUUAAUGGACAUUUUACAUUUUUUGGUUCUUAAUUAUAGUUUUAAUUUAUUUUAUCUGUUCAUUCUGGUAAUGAGAAAUAAUAUAAUGAUUGUGGAUCCUUCUUUUUUUUUGGUGUUGACCUCAGUUUUUAACUACAAGGUAUUUAUGAACUCAUUCACAAAACUGAUACACAACUACAAGCAAUAUAUGCUCUUUUCUUCAUCUUAUGUCUUUAUUUUCAACUGUAAGGGAGAGUGAUUGUUAAAAUGAAUUUAUCUGGUAUUUUGUAAUGCACUUUCUGUUGCUUUAAGAAAGAGAUCAUGAAACAUCUCAUCAUAAGGGUACCACAAAUCUUUUACAAACCCUGAUGCAUUACACGACACCUGUCCUGAACUUUCACAUGCUGGCACUGUUUCAGUGUAGUAUCUGUCCAUCCUUUUUGCUCUGAAAUAAAAUAACCCUGUAAAGCAUGUAUAAUCUAAAAUAAUAAGAAAUGAUCCAUAUGAUAUCCUGGCUUCUCAAAAUGAUUAUCAUUUUAAGGAAUGGACCUGUUUUAUCUAUAAGCACAUACGUGAAAAUGUUGAGAGACUCUAAUGGAUUAAUGUAACCCCCCCCCCCCCCCCUUUUUUAUAUUUAUGUUAUUUAUUGUGAGCUUGGGCCUGUUUAUGGAUGAAGUGUGAGUGACUAAUGACAGUGGACCUUUUUGAACCCAAACCAUCAAACAGAUGAGUAUUUUUGAACAAGGUCGAUCUUGUUUUCUUUCACUCUUUUGUCUGCGGGAGAUAUUAAAAUGAACUUAGAAGUUAUGUUCCAAAUUAUGGUAUUAACUCAAUUCAUUAGCUGUGCCUACCAGUCAUAUAUUCUACUUAUCUUUACUUUUGGAAAGGUUUGUGUUGGGUUAAAUGGAGGAAACAUUGAUGUGGUGUAGUAGAAUGAUGGCACAUGAUGCUCUAGUUCAGCUCAGGUGAAGUGCACACAAGUCCCCUCUCUGAGCUCUGGGUACCUGCACAACUCUCAUCCUCUCACUCUUUCUCUUAUUUGCUGUUUUCUCUCUCUCUCUCUCUCUCUCUCUCUCUCUCUCUCUCUCUCUCUCUCUCUCUCUUUUUUCACACCCACAUGCAAUUUUUCUAUGUAAUUAACUCUCUCUUAUUUCUUAUGUGUUCCAAAGGUUUAAGGAAAUCCCACUGAAAGAGUCUCUCAUGUCUGUACAUGUGCAUGGUGUUGCCCCUUUGCUGUGGGAUGAUUGGUUAUUUAUUCAUGGAUUGGAUGUAUUCUCAGUUAGCUACUCUGUAUAGCAAACCCUUGUCCUUGUACUUUUGCUGCUGUUUGUUCUUUUUUUCUUUCCUUGUGUUACACAUUGCCUGUAUUUCCUUUUAUUUCAUCACCUCUAUAUUUUUAAACAUAUUGUUAUUAUUUAAGACAUGUAAUGAAAAGAUGCAGGCUGUCCUUUUUGCUGAAACUGUUUAAUUGUUGGCAACAUUAUUAUUAUUAUUAUUAUUAUUAUUAUUAUUAUUAUUAUUAUUAUUAUGUUGUGUAAAUAGCAACGUAUCUAGAAGAAUAAUUGAAAUAGGGAACUUUUUCAGAGAAAAUCCUAAUACCUUAGGCUGCUUGACGCAAAAUACCUCAGGUUCUAUUCAAUGGCUUUUUCCUCCCCUGUACCUGUUUUGUGAAGAUGAAACAAAAAUACAAACAUCAUAAAAUAUGA